UGGUAUUUUAUCGAAUGGUUGCCUAGACAACGGUUCUUUGAAAAUUAAAAACAAAACGAAAUGCGAGCAAAACAAAUAGGCGUUGUAAGAUUAUUCAGAUUUAAAGAUUUAAAUAAGAGUUGCUUUUAGAAAAGAAAUCAUUAAGAAAACAUGCGAAAAGGAACGGACAUUAAGCGCACAGGAGUCUAUCGUCUGAGUGGAAACAUCGCUGACUUGCAGCUGGAACUGAAACUGCGACACAUAAGCGAAUGGCUGCCAGUGCCCAGAUUCGAAUAUGUGGGACCUCAAUCGGCCAAUGGACAUGGUGAGCAUUAUCCUGGAUCUGAGGAAGAAGUCUGGCAGGAUUGCCUAAUCCAUAUUCCCCAGUCCGAUGAUUCCUAUGGUGGAAAGCAUCGAUUGGGCUACUACUGUAGCUAUUAUAGUGUGGGCACUGGCUAUAGCGGAAAUGCCGGGAAUAUGGUGAGGCAACGAAGGAGUCCCAUAUCUCAGGGCAAAGAGGAAGAUGGAGUGAAGGAGGUAGAGGAUGUGGAGUCCCAGAGCAAUCCUUCGUGGAGCAUCUUAAGUGAAAACAAUCGUCCCGCUGGUGACGUCUUCUACGAAAGGAAUAAGGAACUUUGUAAUGGUGCCAUUGCCACUAUACGGAUAACCUGGCAGCAAAAAUAUUUCAGUCAUUCGGAAUUAGAUCGUUACAUACCAGAUCCCGGAAGUUGUGCCCCGAAAAUCCAGCGACGCUAUCACAUAUGGGCUCUGGAGACUCUGGAGCUGCAGCAGCAAUAUCUCAGGAAACUGGAGAAUCAGGCGAAUGACCAGGAUGAAGAUCCGGAACCGAUUAGAGUUCGUCGUAGAAUGCGAAAGUCCAAACGCAGGAUGAGAAAGAGUACGGCGUUAACUACUUGGGAAACCAAUGGACUAUCCUCAGCCAAUAUGUCAGAUGUUUCGGUACUCGAUGAUCCCAACUUUGCGGCCAGAACUUGCUUGAUCCACACUGUGGUAGAUAGGGAUUCCGAGGAUGUUUUACCAGUGGAAGCAAGUGAAUUCCAUAAAAAGGGUUACCAAUUGAUGUACAUAUAUGCUGAUCUACAGGAGGAUACUCUGUUAGUCAGCAUACGAUAUGAUCCUGAACAGGGUCUACUAUAUGUUUAUCCAGAUUUCAGUAGCAGUGCCCAGGAUCUGGACUAUAUGAUCCAGAUCGAGCGUGAUAAUGAUUGUCGUCAGCUGUAUGCCUUUGGAUUCGAGAAUGCCACGCCUCUGGAGGUCUACAAAGAAGGCAGUUUACUGGAGGCUGAUGAGGAGGAGAAAGAGGACGUGGAUUCCCAAGAGGAUCUCCCUGAAGAAGCCUCCGCUUUGGAGAUCAUCGAUUUUUAUCAUAAACGGCGAGCAGCAGCCACCGAAAGACGAUGUCUUCUCCAAUUUAAAAUGCCACCGAAAAGAACGAAGAGGGUUUCACUCCUGCUGGAACUUCAUGAAGCCCAAUACUUUGAGAAUCCCAACAUCCAUGUUAGAUACUAUUUGAAACCUCCAGAGAAUACCAUUUAUGAGUCUUCCGUAGAUGAGGAUCCCAUGCAGGGUGCCACUGCCACAUGCUGGAAUGCCGGCGACUUUAGGAUCGCCCGUUUGGGUCACUGCUGGCAGGUGACCAUCCUCUGCGAGGAGCAACAUCAGCCGGCCGAUCUUCUGCAUCUUUAUUUCGAGGUGAUUAGCAUAGACAGUUGGCAAAGGGAACGUUGCGAAGGUUAUGCUUACUAUGCCAUCUCGCUGACAUCCACCCUGCCCACGGAAUCUAUUCGAUUGCAGUGCAUCCGACCACUUGGCAACUGGCUGGAUGCUCUUAAUCGAUAUUUCAUUGGCGGUCGUCAGCUCUUCGACUUUGAGUCAUAUUUCGAUGUGCACAGGCAAUCCGAACUGCAUAAUCGUAUGGAUUUGAAAGUGGAAAGGGCUAUGACUGCAACGGGAUCUCUGGUACUUCGGAUACAGAAGCUCCAACAGCGGCAUAUCGACACCUCCAGUCAUAUUCAAUUUCAUUUGGAACUCGGAGGCGACAGCGACGAUAGCGACAGCGAUGAUGAGGAUCCCAAAUCAAGUUUACAUCCAGAUACAUCCAGGGCCACUACCUUGGACGAGGUGAUGGCUGCCUUUGUGGAGGCCAGGGAGCGAAUCGAAUCGCUGCUGGCAGCCAGUUGAGAUUCGUUAUAAGUCGGAUUCUGCAUACUUCCAGGCUGAGAUUGGUGCUAUGCCAUGAUUACAAGUUAAGUAAAUGAAAUAUAAAUCAGUGGCUUAGCAGUUUGCCAAA